AUGAAAAGGCGGCUUGUUCUGUUGGCGAUUGCCUCGAUAUCCUUGUUUUUCGUUGCCACGACGCUGUACCUUGGGAGAGACCGAUUUGCCUGGCCGUUGCUUCCAAAUGACGGGAGACACAAAACUCCAGAGGAGCCAGUGUUGGGACAGGUUGCUAAUGGGACCGUGUUGCCGUCCGCAACGAUCACACAGUAUCUAGAGGCAAUUUUGAACCCUUGGUCUUCCGAAUUGCCAACCCUCGAAUGCCCUGCCAUCAACACAACCCGGUACGAUGCGCUACGGGACGGCGACUUCCCAACCGCCACCACUAGAUAUUUCUUUGCCCUGAACCUGCGGCAAACCCUCCCUUUGUUGCCUCGUCUGAUUGGCAGCAUAGUCGAGGCAAUUCGAUUCCUUGGGCCCGAGCACUGCGCCUUGUCGAUUGUCGAGGGACACUCCCCCGACGGCACUGCCGAUGUGCUCGCGGCACUUGGGCCAGCGCUCAAGAGCAUGGGCACCCCGUAUUACUUUGCAUCGUCCGAAAUCGACCCAAGCAAAGGCGAGCGGAUAGCCCGCCUCGCCGCGCUGCGGAAUCUGGCUCUGGCGCCGCUCUUUGCUCUUGCCGGCAAAACGGCCGAGGACGCGACCGUCGUCUUUCUCAACGACGUGUCGGCGUGUCCCGAAGACAUCCUCGAGCUGCUUCACCAGAAGCGAGCCACGGGCGCCGACAUGACGUGCGCCAUGGACUGGACAUAUGUCGGCCGCGACCCGACAUUCUACGACGUAUGGGUCGCGCGCAACAUGCACGGCGACUCGUUUUUCAACAUCCCGCCGGACGGAAGCUGGGACUCGGCGUGGAAUCUCUUCUGGAACGCUGAAGAGACCCGCGCUCGCUUCUUUGACGGGCGCCCGUUCCAGGUCUUCUCCUGUUGGAACGGCGCGGUUGCGUUUACAGCCCAGCCCAUCUUGCAAAAGACGGUGCGCUUCAGGGCCGCAGACGGGGCGGCGGGCGAAUGCGAGCAGGGCGAGCCUCAGCUCUUUUGUAAGGAUUUGUGGUUCAGGGGCUACCGCAAGAUUGCUGUGGUGCCUUCCGUCAACUUGGAGUACUCGGUUGAGAAGGGGAGGAUGAUCAAAGCGGCCAAGGGCUUCACGGGCGAUGCCGUGUCGAGGCAAGAUGCUUCCGGGGACAUGAUUGACUGGCGGCCUGAUCCCCCGGAGAAGGUGAAGUGCAUGCCUUCUUGGGACAACCAGUUUUGGCAGUGGUGGAACGAGACUUUGAAGCGAUAG